AUCACAGUUUCAGCGCUGCACAACUACUAAAAACAUAUACAAAUUCGCUCAACGCUCCAACAAAUUCUGGACAGCAACAACAAAGCGUCGCCGAGCAACCGCUGCAAGGGAGCGAAAGAGAGGGGGCGAGUGGAGAGUGGGUGGGGGAGCGGAAUCGGAAUUGGAACGGGAACGGGAACGGGAACGGGAAGAAGAUGCCGCUGCUAUUUACGGGCUUCAACGCAUUUGGCCAGCAUGAAUGUGUAAGCGGAGACGUCGACUGCGCAGCCGGCUUCAGCGAAAUAAAUGCGCCAGUCUCGACUGAGAACCAGUGCACGAUCUCGAUCGGCUGGCGGUAUGCGGCUAUCGCUUUGGGCCGGAAGUUAUGGCUGCGUGGCCUCUUGGAUGAUGGCCCAAAUGAGUGCGUGACCCUCGAGGCGGCGGGGGACAUUAAAGCCCUGGCCGCUGGCGAUUCCUACUGCCUGGUACUGCUCCACAGCGGUCUACUGUACCGCGUGCAACCCAAACUGCAAGGGGAACUACUAGUUGUUAGACUAGAAGCUCCGCCCCAAACCAAUUCAGGAACAAAGCGCUCCAUCUUUGGGGUUCCGGUUCCCAAGGCUCCCCCAUCGCCGAUCAUCGAGCAUAUUGCCUGUGGAUCCCAUAUAAACGUAGCGGUCAGUACGGAGAACUCCGUGUACAGCAUUCCCAGUUGCCUGCAUCAGUUUGCCGAGCGGCAGUUCCGAGUGAAGCAGCUCCAAUGUGGCCAUGAACACGCCGUACUUCUCAACGUCAACGGUGACGUAUUCACCUGGGGAAAUGGACUACGCGGACAGUUGGGUCAGGCCGUACUGAAAGUGGAGGAGACGCCGCAAUUGCUGGAGGCGCUGGCGGGGAUUAAGAUAACUCAAAUAGCUGCCGGUGGUUGGCACAGUGCGGCCAUAUCCGCCUUCGGAGACCUCUACACUUGGGGCCUCAACUGCAGCGGACAGCUGGGAGUGCGGGUGAUGAAACCCGGGGGCUUCCUCAAAGAGCCCACUGUAUAUCCGCUGCCGCAGUUGCAAGAUCUACCCGAAUGUUGCUCUUGCUCCAAAGGGCAAAGGGCGGAGGGCAACGAUGAUCACGACGACGAUGACUGUGCCUGUGCACCGCUGAAGGUGUUCGCUGGAUCUCGUCACACUCUGCUGAUCCGACGGUGCGGGCGGCUAUGGGCCAGUGGAUGGUGCAAGCACGGUCAGUUGGGAAAGCAGCUCCAAAACCUGUCUUAUUUGGACGCAUUUCGGGCCCUUGAUGGAAUCUGGAUGAACACUAGCUGCGAUAAUGUUCUCUGCGGUCCUUGGUCAACGCUGCUUUAUUUAAAGCAAUCAAAGAAUUGAAAACACAUAUGUACAGUGAAAAAGGCUGUGAAUCUUACAUGAAAAUCGUUUCAAAAUAUACCAUAAAAUUUACGAAACUUUAUAAUUACAAAGUUUAAAACUAAAAAAUACUUUCAACAAUAAAAUGAAA